AUGCGUUUCCCUCACCUCGUUCGCCAUCGGCAGCUGUUCAUGCAAGAAGGGGCUCUACCUUUCAUCGAGCGCCUUCUCCAUAAAUGGUUUGAUGCACCCUGGAGCGAACUUGGGAGCACGCAUCGCCGCAAUGUAGUCGCCACCAUCCGUACCCUUGGGAUGCUGCUCACGGAAGCGGAGAUGGACGGACUGGAAUACAUAGAGCCGACUGUCCCGGAUGGUACCCUUACAGAUCGAACCCCGUUCCUUCUUGUCCAGCGCCCCCAGCAGACGGUGCAGCAGCUACUGUCACCUCGUUCGCUUCAACUUGUUGCUCAUCUCCUCACGAGGAUACGAGUACUUCCCUUAUCCCUCCAAGCCUUCACUCUGCGAUUGUCCGUACAGCUGGGUGAAGAAGAGUCUGCAGUGCUUUGGGCGAGGUUCGAUAAACACAAGGUCUUCGACGACUUUGUGUUCCGCGUCCAGAAUGUCACUGUAGAUGACGGACAUAGUGCCGGGCUCAUUCCCGCCGUGAAUACAGUUAUCUACCUCACACUGUGCGAGGCUGCAUACCCCCUGCGCCCCUCUUCACCCUCGGAUUCCAAUCGCACUGUGAGCUACUGGCUGUGGUCCCUCCUUCAUACCAUGAAUCGAGCUCCCAUGGAUAGCGUCGUCCUCCGCCAAAUCUGUUGGGGCAUGUCGGUUCUCGCUUGGACUCUGACUCCCCAGGCGAGUGGUGUCACUGCACGACCAUUGAUACCUCGUCUCGGGCCCGAGAGCAUGCGCCAACUAUCUCGCUCCCUGACAGACAUGCUCUACUGGGACCAAGACGAACACGUCCUCAACACAGUCGUCAUGGCUGUGGACAGUAUGCUCUACCAUAUCGGAGCUGAAGUCAAGUGGAAUGGCCACGGCGACAUCUGCGAAGCACUGCACUCGUGCUAUUGUGCGUUCUUGGCCGACUUACUCAGGAGGCUUCGCUCUGGCGAGACAGCUGCCCCCCGUAUUUCUCUCAUUCUUCCUUCGCUGAUUCGAAUACCAGCUUAUUUGUCGUUCUUCGAUCGUAACGCCUCCCUUGAUGCGAAAGUGUCCCUCACGGCAACGAUCUUUAGCAUCUUCAAGUAUCUGGUCACAGCGAAGGAAAGGCCGGAGCCAGAGUCAUCGACCAUGGCGAGCUCACACGAGGGCCCUGGUCCGGACACACGACGUUCAGCGGUCUCGAGGGAAGAAGACUGGAUGAUUAGCGUCUAUACUAGACGUUGGAUCUAUGGGGCAACCUGCCGCUUCGUGAACCUGUACAUGAAUGACCCCAAGUGGAAGCUCGAUUACUAG